AUGUCGCUCAAGGGAAGAACAGCUCUUGUGACCGGUGCAUCAAUGGGCAUCGGAGAACACAUUGCAGCUUCUUUGGCCGAGGCGGGGGCCAAUUUGAUUCUUUUCUCACGGUCAGAGGAAAAACUAGAGCAACUCAGGGAAAAGCUGUCUGAGAGUACCUCUAGCAAAGUCAUUUUCCGGACCGUCGAUGUUGGGAAUCUUGAGAGUGUUAAUAAUGCUGUAUCAUCUUGCGCGAGAGAGAUGGGAGGAAUUGACAUUCUUGUCAACAACGCUGGUUUAGCUCUUGGUGCUCCGAAUCCAUUCUAUAACUUGAAGCCAGAUCAAAUUUUGACAAUGAAUAACACAAACGUGAAUGGCCUCAUGUUUGUCUCGCAUACGGUGCUCAACCACGCUAUGCUGUCCCAAAAUGCGGGCACAAUUUUGAACGUGACUUCGAUCACUGGACUUGAGGUCCCGCCAUUCCCGGGCGAGGCUGUGUAUCAUGCGAACAAAGCCUGCCAGGAAGCCUUCACCAACGCAAUGCGCAAUGAGUUGAACGGGACCAAUAUUCGUGUACUUGCCAUACGACCGGGAUGCGUAGCGACAAACUUCCACUCUCAGCGUGUGGGUCAUGACAAGCGGAUGUACGACCAGUUCUUUGAGGGAUUCGAGCCACUCAUUGCACCAGAUAUUGCGAGAGCGGUGGUAUUCAUGCUCGAACAGCCACUCAAUGUUUCAAUCAAGGUACUUGAUGUUGUUCCGUCGGCGCAACGCUCAAUCGCUGUCUUUGACCGCAAGUGGGAUGAGCGACAGAAGUAG